AUGUUAGUGGCGCAGGUGUAUGCGGAGCCUCUCUUCGCCCAGGCUGUGCCCUCAAUGUCGUCAACUAUCUGCUGCGUGAUCUUCACGUUAGUGACCAUUAUGGCUGGAUUUAUUGGAUCCUUCUUAAUUGAGCGGUUGGGGAGACGGCUGUUAAUGAUCUACGCUUCCUUUUGUACUGGUGUAUGCUGCGUGAUCCUGGGUACUCAAAUUCAGCUGCACUGGGGCCCGCACUGGGUCACCGCAAUUUUCAUGUACAUAUUCGGCUUGACUUACACGUGCGGAGCUGGGACCGUUCCCUGCGUGUUGAUUGCAGAGAUAUUCUUACCAGAGAUCAAAAGCAUUGCAUCAAUGCUUCUUAGUGAGUGGUCCCUGGUCUGCAGUUUCAUAGUCCUCUUCAUUUUCAACCCGCUAGUCACGGCAAUCGGCUUGGGUCCAGUCUUCUACUUCUUCGCGGUCGCUUGUUUCCUUUCCGUCAUCUUCUGUAUCUUGUUCUUACCGGAAACGCAGGGUCUUCCUGUGGACAUUAUUCAGACACUUUUCGCAAAGAAGACCGUUCGACGACGUUAUAUUAUGGUCGAUACAGAAAUCACAUUUUAA